UAUGUCUCCGAGAUAAUAAAACUGUUCUAAACUGUUUUCGAGAAGCAUGUGCCAAAUGGGGAGUCCCAAGCCGAACUCGAAGCGACUAUGGAAUGGAGAAUAUACAAGUGGCCGACUUUAUGAUCAACUAUAGAGGCACUGACCGUGGCAGCCAUCUCUGUGGAACUUCUGUACAUAAUCAACGGAUUGAGCGAUUAUGGCGUGACCUCAACAGAACGCUAAUUAGAUUCUUUCGUUUGAUAUUUAUUCACCUUGAAGAAGAAUAUGGCUUUGAUAUAGACGAUACCGUUCAUUUGUACUGUCUGCAUUACGUAUAUAUGGCGCGGAUAAAUAGAGCUUUUAGGACGUUCACAGAAACCUGGAACAAUCAUUCCAUUCGAACAGAGCACAAUCGAACGCCGUUACAAUUGUGGCAAGUUGGAAUGAUAACAAAUGGCUAUGAAGCGUAUGACGAAUAUAAUGGAGUUGAUGACAAUUAUAGAGUUGAAGAAACUCGUGAUAGCAAUGAACAAGAUGAUAAUGAAAACAGCGGCGAUAUUAUAGUUGACGAGAAUUUUGGAAAUUUAUUAACUAGGAAUGAAUACGAUGUCCUCAGAGAUCAGUUUAAUCCAACCGAUGAGGAUGAAAAUUCUGGUAUCAAUAUAUUCUUAGGCGCCGUUGUACUCGUCCGACAAUUACUUCAAAAUAGGUCUGACGACUAUCAAGCAUAA